AUGACCAAUGAAAUUAGAAAGAUUCAAAAUAAUAAUAUUAAGGUAAAUGAUAACAAUGAAAACGUUAAAAACAACUCAAGUUAUAAUCACAAUGUAACCGACAAUGAUAACCACGUUUCUAUCGAUCAUAACAGCCAUAACAACACAAGCAACACUGACAACAACACAAGAAACAACACAAACAACAAUGACGACAAUAUAAGUGAUAAUAACACGAACAAUAAUGAUAGACGUAUUAUCAAUGAUCAUGAUAAUGAUAACAUAAAUAACAACGAAAACAAUGGUAACCAUGUUACUAUUGCACAAGUCAUUGUCGAUAACCUAAUCAACAACGACAACCAUGUUAUUUCCAAUAAUCUUGUCAGUAAUGUAAACAACUCAAACAACGACGUUGUUGCUGAUCAUGUCGGUGACAACGAUGCAAACUCUAUUACCAACUCCAACAACAAUAACAGCGACAAUAACGAUGACCAUGUGGAUCAUGACAAUGAUAACAGCACAAUCAAUGACAAUCUCGUUAUCGCAAACUCCAUUCAUAACAAUAACAACAACUCAAACAACAAUACCGACAGUGCAAAAUUAACUUUAUUUUAUCGUAACUUAAUGAGCUCUUCGUAUAUAAAGAAGACGAAUAUAUAA